CCACAAUGCAACACUCUGGUGUAAACUCAUCCGAGCCUCAGCCUCUUUCCGGUUCCUUUCAGUCGCCCGGCGCUAGUUGCGUGGUUAUUCUCCUCACCGUUGACACCGAUCAUCUGGACAAUACUGGAGUAAUAGAGUCAUCAUGUCCUACCACGACGAGGAAGAGACCCCUGCGUACGACCCCUAUGACUACGACACACAGGGUACUCACACAGGGGACCCUAAAGCAGAUCUGGCUUAUGAGAGGCAGUACGAGCAACAGACCUACAGCGUCAUCCCCGAGGUGAUCAAGAACUUCCUCCAGUAUUUCCACAAAACCACCACAGACCUCAUCGAUCAGAAGGUGUACGAGCUUCAGGCCAACCGCGUGUCCAGUGAGAGCAUCGAGCAGAAGAUCUACGAGAUACAAGAUGUCUAUGAGAACAGUUGGAACAAGCUGACGGAUCGCUUCUUCAAGACUUCCCCCUGGCCCGAAGCUGAGGCCAUUGCUUCUCUCGUGGGCAAUGAUGCCGUCUUCAUCAUCCUGUAUAAGGAGUUGUACUACAGACACAUCUACGCCAAAGUCAGCGGCGGACCCACUCUGGACCAGAGAUUUGAGUCAUAUUACAAUUACUGCAACCUCUUCAACUACAUUUUGAAUGCCGAUGGCCCCGCCCCUCUGGAGCUUCCCAACCAGUGGCUUUGGGACAUCAUCGAUGAGUUUAUUUAUCAGUUCCAGUCGUUCAGCCAGUACCGCUGCAAGACGGCCAAGAAGUCAGAGGAAGAGAUUGAGUUCCUGAGGAGCAACCCCAAGAUCUGGAACGUCCACAGCGUCCUCAACGUUCUCCACUCGCUGGUGGACAAGAGUAACAUCAACGGCCAGCUGGAGGUCUACACCAGUGGAGGCGACCCAGAGAGUGUGGCCGGGGAGUACGGGCGCCACUCCCUCUACAAGAUGCUGGGCUACUUCAGCCUGGUGGGGCUGCUGAGGCUCCACUCCCUCCUGGGGGAUUACUACCAGGCCAUCAAGGUCCUGGAGAACAUUGAGCUCAACAAGAAGAGUAUGUACUCGCGUGUGCCCGAGUGCCAGAUCACCACCUACUACUAUGUGGGCUUCGCCUACCUGAUGAUGAGGAGGUACCAGGACGCCAUCCGUGUGUUCGCCAACAUUCUGCUGUACAUCCAGAGGACCAGGAACAUGUUCCAGAGGUCCACGUACAAAUACGAGAUGAUCAACAAGCAGAACGAGCAGAUGCACGGCCUGCUGGCCAUCGCCCUCACCAUGUACCCCAUGCGAAUCGACGAGAGCAUUCACACCCAGCUCAGGGAGAAGUACGGAGACAAGAUGCUGCGCAUGCAGAAGGGAGACCUGCAGGUGUUUGAGGAGCAGUUCAGCUUCGCCUGCCCCAAGUUCCUGUCACCGGUGGUGCCCAACUACGACAACGUGCACCCCAACUACCACAAGGAGCCCUUCCAGCAGCAGCUCAAGGUGUUCGCUGAGGAGGUCCAGCAGCAGGCCCAGCUGUCCACCAUCCGCAGCUUCCUGAAGCUGUACACCACCAUGCCAGUGGCCAAGCUGGCGGGCUUCCUGGACAUGUCGGAGCAGGAGUUCCGCAUCCAGCUGCUGGUCUUCAAGCACAAGAUGAAGAACCUGGUGUGGACCAGCGGCAUCUCCGCCCUGGACGGAGAGUUCCAGUCUGCCUCCGAGGUGGACUUCUACAUCGACAAGGACAUGAUCCACAUCGCUGACACCAAGGUCGCCCGGCGCUAUGGAGACUUCUUCAUCAGACAGAUCCACAAGUUUGAGGAAUUGAACAGGACCCUGAAGAAGAUGGCCGCCGGUGGGACCACCACGGCCGCUGCCACCACCACUACCGCCGCCGUCGCCGUAGUCGCAGCCACUGCCACAAUAGCAGGGACCGCCACGGCCCGGUGAGGGUAGAGAGACCCUCGGAGAGACCACCACGGAGAACACCACGCCUGAUUGAUAAAUCGCUUUUCUAUCCCAGUUGAAAACCAAUAAAAUAUAGAGGUGUGCUGGUAAUCAAUUGUCU